AAAUGCAAACAUUUUUAUUUCUUCUUAAGCAAUUUUAAGUAGUGUUCUUUCCAAAAUUGUGUCCAUUUUUUCUGUGUUGCUUUCUUUUCUGGUAUAAAAGGUGAGUUAGCUGUAGGUCCAUUUCCUCUUCUGCUGGUCCAUUUCUGCUAAAGAGGUCACAGAACUUUUGUGGUUCUUUCUCCUAGGUAGAGGAAGAAGGAGGAAGAGGAGGAGGAGGAAGAGAAGAGGAGGAGCAGGAGGAGGAGUCUGUUAAGCUUCUCCAGGCAGGAGACAGGUUCUUGGUAGCUGCCAUGAAGGAAAAACCUGGCAAUGAGGUUUCCAGAGAGGCCUGCCUGGCAGCAGAGCCCCUGGUGAGGGGCCUCAGAGGAGCUUAGGAUGAAGUCUAAGUGCAGUGUUAGAUUUCCAAAGUUCAGGUGGGGCAGGGACUCUGCUGAGAAGUGCAGCCUGAACUACCACAUCCAGAGUGGCCUGUCUGCUCAGACUGGCUUCUCUCCCUUUCCUUCUCCAUUCCCUAUGCCUGUCUGCUCACCUCCCUCCAGCCCCAGCCCCCAGCACUAACUACUUCAUUCCCUCCUCUGUUCCCAGUCCCUUUUUACCCCACCUGUGUCCACAGACCCUGGAAAUGUAAGUUUCCAUUAUCAACCGGUUUAUAAGGCUAUUAUCAACCAGCACUAAGAGCCUGUGGGGCACAGAGUCUAUUCUAGGCAAGGUCCCUCUAGUUGGGCAGAAAAGCCAGCACAACCUGGGCGUUCCCAGCUCUCAGCCCUCUCAGUAUGUCCCACAGCACAGGAGAAAGUCCAGGAGCUGGCACAGCUGGUCCUUGGACUUGGCACCACCAUCUCAGUGCUCCCCACAAUGGGGAAGGAGAGGCGGAAACGGUCGUAGAAAGGGGGGAAAAAUCAGACCUGAGGCCAGUUUAGAAACAAGGCCAUUCAAGACUGAAGAUGCACAUCUUUUGAAAAACUGUGCAGUGGGGAGCUACCAUUGGCUGGGGACAGCAAAUGGCCAAGGCAUACUAGCUGUGUGCACUACAGCUGCAAAACUCUCAUCCUGCUUCAUUUUACAGAUGGGGAAAUGGGACAGAGAAGUUAAGUGAUUAGUCCAAGCCACACAGCUAUUAGGUAGUGCCUCCAGGACUGGUUCUCAGGCACUCUGGCUUUGAAUCGUCUACCUUAACAAAAGACAGACAGAGCACUUGUUUGUAAGAGUUUGUAAAGAAAAUUAGAUGUACAUUGAGCAAAACAGCCAUGCUUUGUGGCCGUGUCUGCACCUGGAGGAGUGAGCGGAGUGUGUGGGGUGUUGGGACUGGACUUGGAAUCAACAAGGGGGCAGCGAGAGGCACCCUGGCAUCUUCAAGAGAGGCUCUGGCCCAGGUGCUAGCGAUGCUCACCACACUGUAGAGCACAUUUGAUGUCAGGAUUGUUGCUUCUGUCUGCAGAAUCGCUGUCAGAGGAGCCAAAUCCAAGGCCAACACAUCAAGAGGACUAGAACCCCAGAGGGACACCCUUCCCGCUCUGCCCAGGCGCUGUGGCAUUCACCCUCCUCAUGUAGACAAGACACACUGGUGCCGAGGUCAGCCUCUUGCCUCAGACCACAGAUGUUUGGGGCUUGUACCCAAGACUCCAACCUCAGGGAGCCCCUCCUCAAGAGCAGCUCCUACAUCUCCUGAUUGAAGCAGGGUUGAGAAUUGAGCAACCUGUGGCCAGAGAGGAUGGUCUAAUGAGUCUGGGCACAUUUCUUGUUGCUCAGUAACAACUACAACAAAUGUGGAGGUCUAAGUAACACAUUGCUUCUCUCACAGUUCGGAGGCCAGAAGUCCAAAUUCAGGUUCACUGGGCUGAGAUCCAGGAACUGUCUCAGCUGCACUCCAUCAAGAGGCUUCAAGGAAAACCUCUCCCUUGGCCUGUUCUACUGCGUCUCCAGUAGAUGUUCUGUGUUUAUUGGCUUGUAGCUCCUUCCUCCAUCAUCAAAGCCAUGUAACAUUGCCAUGUUCCAAUUCUAGACUCCCUGCCUCCAUCUUCUGGCGCUUAGAACACUUAGGGUAUACUUUGGUAAUCCAAGACUGUCUUCUAUCUCAAGUUCCUCGAUGUAGUCACAGCCACAAAGUCCCUUUUGGUUUGCAAAGGGACAUCCCCAGCUUCCAGGGAUUCAGGCCUGUUAUCUUUGGAAGUUGUUGACCAGCCGACAUAGAUACAGUCACACCAACACAAUGUCAUGCCCUGAAGGCCCACACCCCCAUGCAGCCAUGCCGCACAGGAAACUCAGCCCUACACUUGAGGCCUGGGUGGGGAGGUCACAAACACCAGGCAUAGGCAAACCUCCACCCAUCAGCCUGCUUGGGCCAGAUGUGGGGAGCUGCAGAGCUCAUCCUACCCCAGCUCCUCUGCAUGCCCAGGUAACAGCCUUUCUUUCCCAAUAUUCUGCACACAAUUCCUCCUUUACUCUGGUGCUUUUGUUCCCUGGAACCUUUUCCUUGCCUUGGCUGCAGAAUCUUGAUUCUGGGGCAGCCAUGCCAUUGGUUCUGAGUAACCUGUUUGUUCACAGCCAAGCUGGAUACCACGCCCCACUGGAAGAGUGUUAAUGCGAAGGGAAUAACAGUAGUAGGAAGCCAAAGGUCACAAGCUCCAUAUUUAAAGGUAAGGGUGUGCAGGUUCCACAGAAACUGAGCUUGACCUUGGUGACUGAACUGAAGCUCAGUGCCAGCUGAGCUGGAAUGGAUGGGGCUGAACACCUCUACUACCAGGACUUGGCCAAGUCAGCCUGGGAAAGGUCACCUCCCUGAUCCUGCCCCUUCCUCUGAGUGCCAAACCCAAGGACUGAGCCUCCAUGGAUGAGGCAGGGGCCUCCUGCUCCAGCGUGCAGCCCCUCGUGGCGGUGGCCCGCGAGCUGCUCCUGGCUGCGCUGGAGGACCUGAGCCAGGAGCAGCUGAAGCGCUUUCGGCACAAGCUCCGGGAUGCGUCCGAGGACGGCCGCAGCAUCCCCUGGGGACGGCUGGAGCGCGCAGACGCCGUGGACCUCGUGGAGCAGCUGACCCAGUUCUACGGGCCAGAGCCGGCGCUGGACGUGGCCCGCAAGACGCUCAAGAGGGCGGACGUGCGCGACGUGGCCGCGCGUCUGAAGGAGCAGCGGCUGCAGCGGCUCGGCUCCAGCUCCUCGGCGGCGCUCUCCGUGUCCGAGUACGAGAAGAAGUACCGCGCGCACGUGCUCCGGCAGCACGCGCGGGUGAAGGAGAGGAACGCCCGCUCCGUCAGGAUCACCGAGCGCUUCACCAAGCUGCUGCUGGCGCCGGCCGAGGCCGCGCCGGGCGCCGCGGAGGCCGCGCCGGGCCCGGGGGCGGCGCCGGGGCGCGCGCGCCGCUCCGACACGCACACCUUCAACCGGCUGUUCCGCCGCGACGACGAGGGCCAGCGGCCGCUGACCGUGGUGCUGCAGGGCCCGGCGGGCAUCGGCAAGACCAUGGCGGCCAAGAAGAUCCUGUACGACUGGGCGGCGGGCAAGCUGUACCAGGGCCAGGUGGACUUCGCCUUCUUCCUGCCGUGCCGCGAGCUGCUGGAGCGGCCGGGCGGGCGCAGCCUGGCCGACCUGGUCCUGGAGCAGUGCCCGGACCGCGGCGCUCCGGUGCGGCAGAUGCUGGCGCGGCCGCAGCGGCUGCUCUUCAUCCUGGACGGCGCGGACGAGGUGCCGCCCGACGCCGCGCCCUGCGCCGACCCGCUGGAGGCGGCGGGCGGCGCGCGCGUGCUCGCGGGCCUGCUGGGCAGGGCGCUGCUGCCCGGCGCGCGGCUGCUGGUGACGGCGCGCGCCGCGCUGCCCGAGGCGCUGCCCGGCCGCCCGCGCGCGCCCUGCCGCGCCGCCGACGUCUGCGGCUUCUCCGUCCGGGACCGGAAGAAGUACUUCUUCAAGUUCUUCCGGGACGAGGCCCAGGCCCGGCGCGCCUACCGCCUGGUCAAGGAGCAGGAGACGCUGUUCGAGCUCUGCUUCGUGCCCUUCGUGUGCUGGAUCGUGUGCACCGUGCUGCGCCAGCAGCUGGCGCGGGGCGGGGACCCGCCGCGCGCCGCCAGGACCGCCUCGGCCGUGUACCUGCUCUUCGUGGCCAGCGAGCUGGGCGCCGCGGGCGCCGCGGGCGCCGACGCGCCCCGCGCGCGGGCCGAGCUGCGCCGCCUGUGCCGCCUGGCCCGGGACGGCGUCCUCCAGCGCCGCGCGCGCUUCUCCGAGGGCGACCUGGAGCGCCUGGAGCUCCGCCGCUCCCGCGUCCAGGCGCCCUUCCUGGUCAAGAAGGAGCUGCUGGGCGUGCUGGAGACGGAGGUCACCUACCAGUUCGUCGACCGGAGCUUCCAGGAGUUCCUGGCCGCGCUGUCCUUCCUGCUGGAGGACGCGGGCGCGGAGACGCUCCUGCGGGCCGACGCCCGGCGGUGCGGGCACCUGGCGCUCACCACGCGCUUCCUCUUCGGCCUGCUGAACGCCGAGAGGACGCGCGACGUCGAGCGCCACUUCUGCUGCGCGGUCCCCGAGCGCGUGAAGCAGGACGCCCUGCGCUGGGUGCGGGAGCAGGGCCGGCGCGGGGCGGCCCCGGAGGGCGAGGUGGAGGGCGGGGAGGACCGGGAGGACGGCGAGGACGAGGAGGAGGACUGCUUCCAGCUGCAGCUGUUGUACUGCCUGUACGAGACCCAGGACGACGCCUUCGUGCGCCAGGCCCUGAGCGGCCUGCCCGAGCUGGUGCUCGAGCGAGUGCGCUUCAGCCGCAUGGACCUCGAGGUCCUGAGCUACUGCGUGCGGUGCUGCCCCGCGGGGCAGGCGCUGAGGCUGCGCGCCUGCAGGCUGGUGGCCGCCCAGGAGAAGGAAAAGAAGAGUCUGAUGAAGCGGCUCCAGGGUUCUCGAGCCAGCACAAAACAUCUCCCAGUUUCCCUGCUGCGUCCACUCUGUGAGGCCAUGGCUGAUCCGCAGUGUGGGCUGCAAAGCUUGACGCUGGCUCACUGCAAACUCCCCGACGUGGUUUGCCAAGACCUCUCGGAGGCCCUGAGGGCAGCCCCUUCCCUCACAGAGCUGAACCUCCUCCAGAACCGGCUCAGCCAGGCAGGCAUGCGGAUGCUGAGUGAGGGCCUGGCUUGGCCAAAGUGCCAGGUGCAGACCCUCAGGGUGCAGCUGCUGGACCUGCAGGGAGCCUUCCAGUACCUAGUUGGACUGCUCCGGCACAGUUCUGCCCUGACCACGUUGGACCUCAGUGGCUGCCAGCUGACAGGCCCCAUGGUGACCUACCUGUGUUCAGUCCUGCGGCAUCCAGGAUGCAUCCUGCAGACACUUAGUCUAGCUUCUGUGGAGCUCAGUGGGCAGUCACAGCAGGAGCUUCAAGCACUGAAGACAGAAAAGCCAGAUCUGGUCAUCGUACACCCAGCACUGGACAGCCAUCUAGAGCCUCCCACGGAAUGUGUCAGUGCCCUGUGAGGCCCUGGGGUGCAGAAAACUAGUGAGAGUCCAGGUGGAGAAGCCCUCCCCAUUCCAAGGGCAGAACUCUCCUUAGCCUCCAGGCAGCUCUUCUGAGCCAAGAGGCCCUGAGCAGGCAAGUGGGAGGCCCACACACACCCAGCCCCUGAUCUCAGGCAGGCCCCAGACAUUCCCUCCCUCCAGGUCCUGGAUUCUCCCUCCCCCAGCCUCACAGCCAUUGCUGCCUUCCUCUCCGGAGACCCUCUAGCCACCCGCAGUGAUGAGAAGGACCAUUAGCUGAGCUCCUGUGUGUGCUGGCAGACUGCUGGCUUCCUUUUCAGAGGAAGCUUCUGAGGCUGUGGAGACUCUCGGGCCAUCGCUCUGGGGGAAGGUGCUCAGGGUCAGGCUGAGAUUGGGCUGCUGGAUUCUGCCUGCUUCUGUGUGCCUCUGUCUGGGCUUUGGUUUUUAUCCUGUGAAAUGUAGCCAGUAGAUUCUGCCUGAUACUAAUGGAAUUCGUUGUGGAGUGUGAUAGGGACCACUCUAACCUGGCCCUCAUCUUCAGGGGUUGUGGCCUGAGUCCGAGCCAUCCACUCACUCUCUCCAGUCUCCAGGAAGGGGGCCAGGAGAGGGUGGACUUAGAGCAAUAGCCCAGUUAGUCUGGGGGCGGUGGCAAGUGGGGAGUCCCAAGACACUGAUAAUCAGGUCUCCUCUGGAAUCAUUUUUGAAAGUGUCAGCCGGGCUGGGAUGUAGCUCAGUGGCA